GCGAGACAAGGUUUCAUGCGUGCCUCCGUCAGCAAAAACGGGGAAGAUCGGGACUGUCAAGUUCCCGAGAGGCCGACGUGAGGUACCCGAGAUCGCGAGCAAAGGGGUAUUGUGGCGCCGUGCUGCUAUCUUUCCCUCUGCCUUGUUAAUGGUCCGUAUUCUUCAUUCUAUCGCCGGGUCUUCUUUCACUAUCCUCCGUGUAUAAGCUAAGCCCUUGCUUGCUUGUUUGCCUCGCAUCUUGGCGACAAAUGCGACCAUGGCUCCAGAAUCGAAGCCCAAAUCUAUCCAACUCGAUUCUUUGACGGCGACUUCUUCCCAUGACGCGCAAGAUGUGUUGGAUCGACGUGACUGCGGGGAGAAAAGCGACGCCGCACUACAGCCUACCGCCGAGGCACAACCUGCUGCCAAAGAACAACCUAGUUUCGAACGAAAACGUGACGCCGAAGAACAAUCGAGCGAACGAACGGAGAUAGAAAGACCCGGAAGCAAAGUCGUCAAUGCGAAAGACCCUAACGAAGAUCCCUUCAAAGGGCUAUCUGACGAUGAGGCCGCUAUUCUCAAACGGCAGGUUGCUGCACCGCAGGUCAAUGCUGGGAUCAAGACACUUUACCGAUACGCAUCGACCAACGAUAUCCUCAUCAUCAUCGGCUCUUCCUUCAUGUCUAUCGUCAGUGGUGCUGCAAUGCCACUGAUGAUUGUGGUAUUUGGUUCACUGCAGGGCAAAUUUCAAGACUUCUUCGCCGGCAACUCGGGCUAUGACGAUUUCAACCGUGCGUUAAGUAGCACCGUGGUAUACUUUGUCUAUCUCGCCAUCGGCGGUUUUGUAGCCACUUACACCUCGACAGUGGGCUUCAUCUAUACCGGAGAACGUAUCAGCGCCAAGAUCAGACAAAAUUAUCUCGAACAUUGCCUGCGUCAGAAUAUUGGCUUUUUCGAUGAGCUAGGCGCUGGCGAGGUAAUUACAAGGAUCACUGCUGACACCAACUUGAUCCAGGCGGGAAUUUCAGAGAAAGUUGGACUUACCCUAGCGGCCAUUUCUACAUUCGUGACAGCAUUCGUUAUUGGCUAUAUCAAAUACUGGAAACUCGCCUUAAUCCUAAUGUCUGUUGUGGUUGCUUUAGUGGUCAACAUGACACUGGCGUCGGGAUUUUUGAUGAAAUACAGCAAGCAAUCGGUAAGCACUGGUGCCAUUGGAGGCAGCUUAGCCGAUGAGGUUAUGAGCUCCAUUCGGAACGCCGUUGCAUUUGGAGCCCAAGACCGCCUCGCAAAACAAUACGAAGCACACCUAACUAGGACUGAAUAUUUUGGUUUCCGCUUCAAGGCUACUAUGGGGAUUACACUUGCAGGCCUGAGCUUGAUCAUGUACUUGGGCUAUGCGCUUGCUUUUUGGCAAGGUGGCCAGUACGUUAUCUAUGAGGGCCUCCCUUUUGAAAAGGUGCUCGUCACUGUCAUGACUAUUAUUCUUGCUGCUUUUAGCAUUGGCAAUGUGGCACCGAACGCGCAGGCAUUUUCCACAGGAUUGGCAGCAGCCGGCAAGAUCUACAGCACCAUCGACCGCGAAUCUCCUUUGGAUCCCUUUAGCGAGGAUGGCGAAAAGCUAGAGGAUAUUCAGGGAUCGAUUCGACUUGAAAAUAUCAAGCACAUCUACCCGUCUCGGCCGGAGGUAGUUGUGAUGGACGAUGUGAGCCUCGAGGUUCCAGCUGGAAAGACAACAGCCUUGGUGGGCGCAUCCGGUUCCGGCAAGAGCACCAUCGUUGGACUCAUCGAGAGGUUUUACGAGCCUAUUGGAGGCGCUGUAUACCUCGAUGGACACGACAUCAGUACCCUGAAUCUGCGGUGGCUGCGUCAACAGAUUUCGUUAGUUGGCCAGGAGCCUACCUUGUUUGGUACCACGAUUUUCCAGAAUAUUAAGCACGGUCUGAUUGGCACGACACACGAGAACGAAGGCGAGGAUAUUCAGCGGGAACUGGUCAUCGAAGCCGCGAAAAAGGCCAAUGCCCAUGAUUUUAUCACCGGUCUUCCGGAUGGUUAUGAGACGAAUGUUGGUUCCCGCGGCUUUUUGAUGUCUGGCGGACAGAAGCAGCGUAUUGCAAUCGCGAGAGCUAUCGUCUCAGACCCAAAGAUCCUUCUCCUCGACGAGGCAACAUCGGCCCUCGACACAAAGUCAGAAGGCGUCGUCCAAGUAGCAUUGGACGCAGCUUCCGAAUGCCGUACUACUAUUGUUAUUGCACAUCGACUAUCUACUAUCAGAAACGCCCAUAAUAUUGUUGUGAUGUCGCAUGGAAAAAUUGUUGAGCAAGGCACUCAUGACGAGCUUCUUCAAAUGAAGGGCGCUUAUUCUGCUCUUGUUCACGCCCAGAACAUCGCUCAGAAUAUUGACAAGGAUGAUGAGGAUGACGAGGAAGAGUUCACUCACCCCGCAUCAAAGACGUCUUUUUCCAAGGAUAUUGAGGUUAUCGGUGAAACGGCAACCAACCACCUGCACCGCUUGUCCACCACCUAUUCUUUGACUAAUAUCGACGAAGAACUCGGUAACGCACAGAACAGAAACCCUACAUUCUGGACUUUAACAAAACUCAUUGCUUCUUUCAACAAGAAAGAAAAGGCCUUGAUGGCCAUCGGUCUCUUCUUCUCUGUUAUUUGCGGCGGCGGAACUCCUGUUCAAGCCGUUUUGCUCUCCAAGGCCAUCAGCACCUUGUCGACUCCGAUUUUCCCUGCGAACCAAUCCCAGGUUAAACACGAUUCGGACUUUUGGGCUGCAAUGUAUGUCAUGCUAGCUUUCGUACUGGCUCUUGGAUAUUCAACGCACGGUAUUGUGUUCGCGAAGUGUUCUGAGCGACUGAUCCAUCGUGCGCGAUCGUCCACGUUCAGAAGCAUUCUCCGGCAAGAUAUUUCCUUCUUCGACUUGGAUAAGAACACGUCUGGCGCACUGACGUCUUUUCUUUCAACGAAGACGGCGGAGCUGGCAGGGCUUAGUGGUGUGACCUUGGGAACGCUUCUCAUGAUUUCAACGACUCUGAUCGCCGGUCUGAUCCUCGGUAUUGCUGUCGGCUGGAAGCUAGCGCUCGUCUGUACCUCGACUGUCCCAGUUCUGCUUGCUUGCGGCUACUUUCGCUUUUGGAUGCUGUCCCACUACGAACGACGAUCAAAGGACUCAUAUGUGGGCUCCGCAAGCUAUGCAUCUGAGGCUGUGUCGUCAAUCCGCACCAUUGCAUCUCUUACUCGUGAGGCAGAUAUUCUGCAACAGUACCGGGAGUCAUUAGAAGUCCAGCAACGCGCAAGCUUGAUCUCUGUCCUCAAAUCCACCAUUCUUUUCGCAUUGUCAGAGUCCUUGACAUUCCUCAUCUUUGCUCUUUGUUUCUGGUAUGGCGGAACUCUAAUCGCUAAGGGACAGUACUCAAUGUUCCAGUUCUUUGUUUGUUUUGCAUCCGUCAUCUUUGGCGCCCAAUCCGCCGGUGCCAUCUUUUCCUAUUCCGGCGACAUGAGCAAGGCUUACUCGGCUGCGCAAGAAAUCAAGGACCUCCUGGACAGAGAACCUAAAAUAGAUACCUGGUCUCAGGAGGGCGAAGCAAUUGCCAGCGCUGAAGGCCGAAUUGAGUUUCGAAAUGUGCACUUCCGUUACCCAACACGGCCCAACCAGCCUGUCCUCCGCGGCAUUGAUCUUGAUAUCCGCCCCGGUCAAUACGUCGCCUUGGUUGGAGCCUCGGGCUGUGGAAAGAGUACAAGCAUUUCACUGCUUGAGAGAUUCUAUGACCCGACCAAAGGAGGCAUCUUCAUCGACGGCAAGGAGAUUGCUACGCUCAACGUCAAUGACUACCGUGCCUUGAUCGCUCUCGUUAGCCAGGAACCGACCCUCUAUCAGGGCACUAUCAGAGAGAAUAUUGUCCUCGGAACGACCAAUGAGGAGGUAUCUGACAGUUCCAUUGAGCAAGCUUGUCGCGAGGCCAAUAUUCAUGAUUUCAUCGUGUCCUUGCCCGACGGCCUCGACACUACUGUCGGUAGCAAGGGAGCUCUGCUAUCAGGUGGACAGAAGCAGCGUAUUGCGAUCGCUCGAGCCCUAAUUCGUGAUCCUAAAAUUCUACUGCUGGAUGAGGCCACUUCUGCUCUGGAUUCCGAGUCCGAACAUGUCGUGCAGGCAGCCCUCGACAAGGCAGCCAAGGGUCGCACCACAAUUGCUGUUGCUCAUCGCCUCAGCACAAUUCAAAAGGCUGACAUGAUUUUUGUAUUCGACCAGGGUCGCAUAGUUGAGCAAGGCACCCACAGUGACCUGCUUCGGAAGAAUGGGUACUAUGCUGAGCUGGUGAAUCUGCAAAGUCUGGAAGAGCAUCGCUAAGGAUGAUGAAAUGUUAAAUAAUUUUACGAGUUUUGGAGUAUUAAGCACGAUAGACAAAUUGGCCCAGAGCCUGAUUAAUAGCUAUUUGGAGAACCAGCAAAAAGGAAUAAUCUCAGUUGCUCGAUAAUUGAAUGGAUCAAAGUUCAC